GCUGCAGAAAGCAGAAGGACAGCGUUGAUGACAGAAGCUGAGCAGCCUGAAAAGAGAAUUAAUAAUACCAUCAGGCAUCAUUAAAUCUAGACCUGACGCGAUAGACCAAAUACUAAAUCAACAGGACUGGAUUUGUCAUCUCCAGCUCGUAAUUCACUGACCAAGUAAGAAAAUCGGACUAAACUGGCUUUUCCCAUCUUCCUCCCCCGCUCCGUUGCGACCCCCGCGCCCAUUAUCAGAAGGAAAAAGAAGGGCCUGUUACUCGCCUCUCCUCUUCCCCCUGCCUCCCAUGCUCUCGCGCUCUCCCGCUUCUCUCCCUCUGCAACGACUGCUCCGGAAGACCCGCUGCCUGCCGUGCGUUAGCUCUGUCCGUUCCUCCAUUCACACCCCUCGUACCCUCGUCACGACCACCACCACCAGCGCCCUGGAACCCCCCACCACUGCCGGUGCGAUCACUCGUCUUGGAUCUGUCUCGCGGCAUUUCUCUUCUUCAACAACCCGACUCACUGCAUCGAGCAAUAUGGCGCCCAUCGAAACCAAGCAGUACGACUACAUCGUGCUGGGAGGAGGGAGUGGAGGGAGCGGCAGUGGCCGUCGUGCGGCCGGAUGGUACGGUGCAAAGACCUUGAUUGUUGAGAGUGGCCGGUCUGGAGGCACCUGUGUCAAUGUUGGGUGCGUCCCGAAGAAGAUGACGUGGAACUUUGCAACGAUCAACGAGACGCUGCACGUGGGCAAGUCGUACGGGUACGCGAUCCCCGAGGACAUCAAGUUCGACUAUGCGGAGUUCAAGCACAAGCGCGACGCGGUGAUCAAGCGGCUGAACGGGGCGUACGAGCGCAACUGGGGCCGUGAGGGGAUCGACCUGGUGCACGGGCGGGCGCGGUUUGUCGAGCCUAAGACGAUCGAGGUGAGCUUGGAGGACGGGACCAAGGCGCGGUACACGGCGCCGCAUAUCCUGAUUGCCACGGGCGGGCGGCCGACUGUUCCCGGCGUGCCUGGCGCCGAGCACGGGAUCACCAGCGACGGCUUCUUCGAGAUCGAGGACCUGCCGCCCAAGCUGGCUGUCGUGGGGGCGGGCUACAUUGCCGUCGAACUGGCGGGCGUGAUGGCCGCCAUCGGCGUGGAGACGCACAUGUUCAUCCGCGGCGAGACCUUCCUCCGCAAGUUCGACCCUAUGAUCCAGAAGACCAUGACGGACCGCUACGAGGCGUCUGGCGUGCAUAUCCACAAGAGCCACGCUGGCUUCAAGGAGAUUCAGCUCCUGCGCGAUGGCAAGGGCAAGGACAAGCUCCUCAAGCUGAUCGCCCAUGACGGCUCCGAGAUCGAGGUCAACGAGCUGCUCUGGGCCGUCGGUCGCCAGCCAGAGAUCGAGGAUCUCAACCUCGACAUCCCGGGCAUUGACCGCAAGCCCUCGGGCCAUAUCGUCGUCGAUGAAUACCAGAACACCUCCGUUCCGGGCGUAUACGCUCUUGGUGACGUGACUGGUCAUGCCGAAUUGACGCCAGUUGCCAUUGCCGCCGGCCGUCAACUGGGCAGCCGCCUGUUUGGCCCGCCAGAACUCAAAUCUGCCAAGCUCAACUACGAGAACAUCCCGACGGUGGUCUUCUCGCACCCAGAGGUUGGCACCGUGGGGCUGACGGAACCGGAGGCGCGCGAGCGCUUCGGCGACGACAAGGUCAAGAUCUACCACACGCGCUUCACGGCCAUGUACUACGACGUGAUGCCGGCGGAGGAGAAGGCCAAGAACCCGACGGAGAUGAAGCUGGUCUGCGUCGGGCCCGAGGAGAAGGUCGUCGGCCUGCAUAUCCUUGGUCUCGGGGUUGGCGAGAUGCUGCAGGGCUUCGGCGUCGCGGUCAAGAUGGGCGCCACCAAGCAGGAUUUCGAUAGCUGUGUGGCCAUCCACCCGACCAGCGCCGAGGAAGAGGCAUCGUUGCGAUCGGGCUCUGGGACGGACUAGACUCUCUAUCGUCGAGAGUUUUGUUGUUGUUGUUGUUGUUGUUGUUGUUAUCAAUGUUACUCGUCAGAGAGGGGGGCGCUCAGUAGACAUAGACCAUGACGGCGAAGGAGAUAAGGCAGAAACAGAGAGGUAUGUACACCACACGAUCCAUCUCAGAGGUUGGCAUUAUAACCAGUAUAUAGGCAGUUGA